AUGGGCGAAAAAUCCAUUUCAUCGUCAAUUUCAAGAACAACGUCGUCAUCGUUCAACUCUCUUUUCAUGCUUUCCACACUAUUCCUCAUCCUUCUUCUUCUUCAUUCCUUUUUUACCCCAUUCUUCAUCCUUUCCGAAAAUCUUUCUUUCUCUUCUUCAACAUUUCCUUUACAGGCAACCACCACAACGAAAAGCCUUUCAUCAUCAGAAAAUUCUCUCAUCAACCCACUCAAUUUUACCAUCUUGUAUGUUCAACCAAAUUCUUCAUCAUCCUCUCUUCCGAAUUGCACCCAAAAAUCAGAUCCGUGUUCUUCCAUCUCUCAGGCCCUUCAGAAAUUAUCGGAAUUGUUUCAAUUGAAAAUUAUUGAACAAAAAUCGGCCAUCAUUUAUUUAUUGGAAGGAAAAUAUGUUGGAAAUUCGGCAGCUUGUCGAAUGAAACAGAAUGCAGUCUCAGAGUCGUAUGAUGAUAUUAUUGUGGCAUCGUAUCCGUAUGAUAAUACAAAUAAUAGUGAAAAUCGAAUGAUCAUUGAUUGUAAUAAUGGAGAAUUGAUUUCGUAUUUGAAAGCGAGGAGCAUUUCGUUUCAAAACCUGACCGUUUUGAGAACAAAAAUUUAUAGCGACGAACAAUUUGUCGUCUUGAAUGUGUUUGAAAUCAAGUUUGAAAUGUGUCAAAUCGAUAAUAUGGCUGUUCAGGCGUCUUAUUACAAGAAGGAAUUUAAUGUGACAUUUGUGCAAUGUAAUGUUACACAUUCUGAGUUAUAUAAUAUACUCAAAACCACAUUUGAAGAAAGUAUAAUGAAAUUUAUUGGCUUGACAAGUAACAAGAAGGCCAUAGUUUCGAUUCAAAAUUGUGCCAUUCAAAAUUUUAACUACAAGUCAGUUCAACAAUAUGUGAAUACAAUUUUGGAUAUUCAAUAUAGCCAAACAUUUUCGAUUGUGAAUAGCCAGUUUGUGAAUUCCAGUUUUGUCAUUACAAGAUUUCAAUCCAUUGAGUUUAAAGGAGUGAAUUUCGAUGGAUAUACCUCAAUUUACCAAGCAUAUUCCAGAACGGCCACACUAACAAACAUAAUUUCUACAAAUGGAAAUUUUUUUUUAGAAAGUGAUGGAAUUGACAGCGUGGUUUUUAGUAGGUGUGUAUUUUCACAGCCUCAGCAAGAAGUAGACACAAAUGCCAUUCAAAACCCUAAGCCAACCAUUAGGAUUUCUUCCACAUACUUUUUACAAGUUUCUGCUACGUUCAAAAACCUUCAUACGAUCCCUCUUUCCACCUCACUCGUCAGUAACUUGGUAAUCACAGGUUCACUCUUUGAAAACAACAAAGGAGCAGUAAUUGCAAAUUUUGAAGGCGUGCUCGAUUCAGAAAUCAGACUAGUAACUUCUUCAUUUUCCUACAACAGUUUAGAACAAGGUUUUGGUGGAGCCGUCAGUAUUUCUGGUGUUCAACGUACUGUCUUUGAACAAUGUUACUUUAUGGGAAACAAGGCAUUGAAUGGAGGAGCCAUGUAUCUCGAUACUCGUUUUGUUUCUGUACAGUCUGCUGAUUUUAUCAACAAUUAUGCAACGCAGAAUGGUGGAGCUCUCUAUAUCAAAAAUCAUGAUUCUUCAUUCUUCUCCAAUUUGGGAUUCACUUUUUUGAAUAAUACAGCAUAUCGUGGAGGAGCCAUCUAUUUUGAAACUUCAGCCCCUUUGGACAGUCAACAAUCACUUCUUCGAAAAUUUCACUCCUGUUACAACAACACUGCUUUGUAUUCUGGCGGAUGUAUCUACUCAACCAAGAUUGAUAUGAGUGACAAUUAUAACAUUUAUUUGUCAAACAAUAUUGGAAAUAAGGCCCUAUCCUAUGGGCCAUUCAUUGGUGGCCCUUCUCGGAUAUCCAUUUUCAAGUUGUGA